AUGAACGUGAUCAGCGGGUACCACCACCACCACCACCGGCUCAUCCACGACCCUUUCCCCGGGCCGUAUUUCCAGAGCUGGGUGCUGCAGAACCACGAACUCCCGGGGGACUACCACCACAGCACGGAACCUCUGACCCCGGACCCCCGUUUCGAGGCCCUCGGGGGGCCGGCCAAGCGUAGAAGCUCCGCGGGCCCCAAGAAAGAGCGGCGGCGCACGGAGAGCAUCAACACGGCCUUCGCGGAGCUCCGGGAGUGUAUCCCCAACGUCCCCGCGGACACCAAACUGUCCAAGAUUAAGACCCUGCGUCUGGCCACCAGCUACAUCACCUACCUCAUGGAGGUCCUGGCCAAGGACGGGGAGGCCGAGGGCUUCAAGGCCGACCUGAAGAGGCCCGAGGCCCGGGAGAGCCGCGAGGCGAAGAGGAGGCGAGACCUGGCUCCAGAGGGACUGAAUUCGUACGCUGAGGAGAAACGGGUCAAAGGGAGGACCGGCUGGCCUCAGCAGGUCUGGGCUCUGGAGACCCGAGACCUGCUCCCCAAACACAAUCAGUGA